AUGUCAGUAAAGAAAAUUGGCGAAAUUCAUGUCCAAGAUGAAUACAUUGCUGAGGAAGAAAACCUUCAACAGCCAACACCCAAAAUAGAUCCAACAUAUUCUUCUCGUAUUUCAGACCCUGACGCACCUGUUUCCAAAUCGUUUCAAACCGAAGAUGAGGCACAAAAAGCUAUACCCCCCACUUGCAACGGAAAAGAUGACACACAAAAUUUGAACAGUCAAGAAGCCGACAUAAACAAAUUGAAUAACAAAGAAGAGCCGAAAAAUAGAGACAAUCCCCAACCUACAGCCACUGAUGUAUAUAACAUUAUUAAACAAUUUAUGAAAAACAAUGGUCAACUCUUUUUAUUGGGGAUAAGUAGUUAUAGAAAGAUCCGUGCAGUUCUGACUCGUUUUUAUCGGAAUUCCGAGAAGUUUAAAAUGGACUAUUACGAGAUUCUCAAAAUCAACGUAUUUUAUAUGUUUGGGUACACCUUGUUGUGUUACUUCUUAGGAUUUAUACCUCAAUACUAUCCACAAUAUUUCAGUCCAAAGUUCCUUACAUUUUGCUCAGUCGUCGAAUUUAUCACAGCAAACACACUUCUGAUGUAUGCACUGUACAUCUCCGAGAAGUAUUAUUAUAACAUCGCAGUCAAUUAUGACAGUGUCAAAAAUAAAGGACAGUCAAUAGCUUCACAUUCGUAUUUGUACAGCUUUUAUUUCUCAAUUUUGACUUCGAUGUUACUUGGCGCAACGGCACUACUUCGAGUGUUGCACUUCUCAAUGACAAGUCUUUUUUUGUUGUCUAUUUUGUACGCUUUUUACGCUUUUAAUUUGAAAUUCAGACUUCAUACAAAUUGGAAUUUGGCUCAGAUGGUAUCUUUAUUCGACUCAAGGCUGAUGUUCUUCUUUGGAUUUGCUUUGCCAUUCACUUCAUUGUCUUUCUUCUGCUCCACCUUAGUCUCAAAUGCUCUUUAUGCGCUGUUGUUCCCUGUCCUUGUUGGACUUGCUAUAGAAGAACACCCAGAGUAUCAAGAAAAAACCGCAAGAAUACCUGUUUUAACACAAUUCUUGAAUCUCCUCAAUAUAGUCAACAAUUUUGCGAUUAACUUGGCAACGGUGUUUAUUAUUGGUGAUAAGAAAAAGAAGUAA